AUGGAUGUGCAAUUCCAAGGAAUCUUCAUGAAAUACCCCAUAUGUUACACUGAUGGGGUUACUCAGAGGUUGGUCGACAUCGAUUUCAUAGGCAUGUACAAGGAUGAGUGUUAUGCAUUCAUGGCAAGGUUAAGUGGAGAAAUGUGUGAGAAGCUCUACUACUGCCAACCUGAUAUAGAUUUCCAAAAAGAUGAAGAGAAUGAGGAAAUUGUUGAUAACAUGAAGGAAGAAGUAAGGGGCCUCGAAGAAGUAAUUGAUGAUGGAGAAAAGGUUGACCCAUUUGACAUAGGGGAUGAGGAUGAGGUUGAGGUUAAGGAUGAUUAA